AACCCCGUCCCGGCCGCUGUAACCAUGCUGACGUGUACCGUAGUCACAAUCGUGUGGCGGCGCAUGGUCUCUGAAAUCUGAAUGCUCUCAAAGUCAACACCAUGGACAACUCCUCUCGUCUCUGGUCAAGCCCGCCGGCUCGUCCAAGUCCGGCUACAUAUACCUGCCGGACUGCCGGUAACGUGGCGGCCUACUCGAGUUCGAGGUGUUGAGGCGACGGCAUGGAGGUCCAGCAGGGAGGAGCCCCGGCGGUGGAGGUCACCCUCCGCGAGUUCACGCUGUCGGACGCGGACGCCGAGGCGUUCAUGUCGUGGGCGUCGGACCCGCGCGUGGCCCGCUUCCAGCGUCGCGACGCCUACGAGCACGUCGACCAGGCCCGCGGCUACAUCGCCGGCCACGUCCUGCCGCACCCCUGGUACCGCGCCAUCUGCGCUGGCGGUGUGGUGGUGGGUUCCAUCUCCGUGAAGCCGGUGCCGGCCGAGGACGGGCGCCCGUUCAGGGCGUCAAUGGGGUACCGCGUGGCGCACGCGCACUGGGGCCGCGGCGUGGCGACGCGCGCGGUGCGGGCGGCGGCGGAGGCCGUGUUCGCGGCGUGGCCGUGGCUGCUGCGCCUGGAGGCCGUGGCCGACGUGGAGAACCCGGCGUCGCAGCGCGUCCUGGAGAAGGCCGGCUUCGUCAGGGAGGGGACGCUGCGGAAGUACAUCGUGCUCAAGGGCAGGCCCAGGGACAUGGUCAUGUUCAGCCUCGUCGAUACGGACCGUCGGCAGCAGAUGAAGCCUGUGGAGGCCAGCGGGCCGUAGAUGGGCUACAAUGCUCUGCUCUGCUCUCUCCCUGGGCUUUCCUCUGCAUCGCACCACUCGUAGCACAUUUUCUAUCUAUAAAAGUUAAGAACCGUACGAAUUUUUAAAGUGAAAUGGA